CACCGGUAACAGGUCGUACCAUGUCUGCUGCUAAGUGUUUGGUGUCUCUGAUGGUGCUGCUGGUGGCUGCAGUGGCUGUGGUCGGUGCACAGGAGAGGAUUAAGAUGUGUGGACGAGAGCUGAUACGUCUGGCCGUCUCGUCCUGUGGCAACUCUCGGCUGAGGAGAAGCAUCCCGGACAUUGACCUCAGCCGGCAUCCGGACGUCACUUUUCGCUGGGACCAGCACGCCUCCAUGGAGGAGCAGCAGGCUUUAGAGACGGCCCAGAUCCCUCCACAGUCUGACGGGGAGAAGGGUGUCGCCUCCUUGGCUCCUCACUGGUUCCCCGUGUCCUCCCGGAUCAGACGAGCCUCUGGGAAAAUCUCUGAUAUCUGCUGUGAGAGAGGAUGCAGCAUGAAGGAGCUGAUACAGUUUUGCUAAAUGCUCAACGUGCCAGACAUGCAGAUACAGCACGACUUGAAAUGCUGUUUUUGAAUUUUGAUCUGCUGCUGCCGGGUU